ACACACACACACACACACAACCAAGCUAUUUCUAUUUCUGUCUUGGGUCGACCCCGACUGAAUGAGUGUUGAAGUUCACUUUGAUUUCUUUUUCGGCACUCUAGGAUCCAGGAUCCAACUUAACUCUUAACUCUUUGGUUGGACUUUCCAUAGUGUUCAAUUUUUCAGAGUAUUUAAUAUAUUGUUAUGCUGCUACUGUAAAAUUGUACUGUACUAUUUUGCUGAAAAGAAGAAGAAGAAGAAGAAGAAGAAGAAGAAGAAAAAACGUUUCCUAGUCAGCUGUCACUGGGGGCACCUGAACUCUGAAAGCGCGCAAGAGUUUCAGAGCUGCUGACAAACUCCAGCCUUCAUUUACACACAGCUCUCAUCAGGGGCAGGAGCGGACUUGUGAAACUUUCUGAACAUCAUGGAAACCAACCCUAUACCAGUCCUAACCAUUCAAACAAGUCCUUUUGACGACCAGAGACCAGGGACUAAUGGUCUGCGCAAGAAGACCAGUGUAUUUGAAAGCAGAAGGAACUAUCUGCAGAAUUAUAUUCAGAGUAUCCUGUCCUCCAUCGACCUGAGGGACCGUCAAGGAUGUACCAUGGUGGUGGGCAGCGAUGGGAGAUACUUCAGCCGAGCAGCAAUCGAGGUUAUAGUACAGAUGUCUGCUGCCAAUGGGAUAGGGCGCCUGGUGAUUGGACACAAUGGCAUCCUGUCCACGCCGGCUGUCUCCUGCAUCAUCAGGAAGAUAAAAGCCAUCGGUGGUAUCAUUCUCACUGCCAGUCAUAACCCAGGAGGCCCGGGUGGAGACUUCGGCAUCAAAUUCAAUGUAGCUAAUGGAGGUCCUUCUCCAGACACAGUGAUGGAGAGGAUCUUCCAGGUGAGCCGCACCCUAGAAGAGUUCGCCAUCUGCCCCGACCUCCGCAUCGACCUGUCACGCCUGGGACGCCAGGACUUUGAUCUAGAGAACAAGUUCAAGCCUUUUCGAGUUGAGAUAGUGGAUGCUGUUGAUAUCUACCUGAAUAUGUUACGUGGGAUCUUUGAUUUUGGUGCUAUUAAGAGUCUACUGACUGGUCCAGAGCAGCUGAAGAUCCGAAUAGAUGCAAUGAACGGAGUGAUGGGACCGUAUGUCAGGAGAAUCUUAUGUGAUGAACUUGGAGCUCCUGCAAACUCUGCAGUUAAUUGUGUUCCUCUGGAGGAUUUUGGGGGCCAGCACCCUAACCCCAACCCUUCAUUUGCUGUAUCGUUGGUGGAGUCAAUGAAGGGUGGAGAGUUUGGUUUUGGAGCUGCUUUUGAUGCAGAUGGGGAUCGCUGUAUGAUCCUUGGUCAGAAUGGUUUCUUCGUAAACCCGUCAGACUCACUGGCUGUGAUGGCUGCCAACUUGUCCUGCAUUCCCUACUUCAGGCAGACAGGAGUCCGUGGCUUCGCUCGCAGCAUGCCCACUAGCACGGCUCUGGACAGAGUGGCCAAGGCCAUGAAGGUGGCUAUGUAUGAAACCCCUGCAGGCUGGAGGUUUUUCGGGAACCUGAUGGACUCGGGCAGGUGCUCUUUCUGUGGAGAGGAAAGCUUUGGAACAGGUUCGGACCACAUCAGGGAGAAGGACGGUCUUUGGACUGUGCUGGUGUGGCUGUCUAUCAUGGCUGUGCGGAAGCAGGGGGUGGAAGAAAUUGUGCGGGACCACUGGGCUAAACUAGGCCGCAACUACUACUGCAGGUUUGAUUACGAGGGUGUAGAUCCCAGAGCUGCGUUUUACCUUAUGCGAGAUCUGGAGGGCAUGAUCGCUGACAAAGCCUUCACCAGUCAGAAGUUUGCUGUGGGAAACAAUGUCUUCAGUGUGGAGAAAACCGACAACUUUGAGUACAUCGACCCUGUGGAUGGCAGCGUAUCACGAAACCAGGGACUGAGGAUCGUGUUCACAGACUCGUCUCGCAUCGUGUUUCGGCUCAGCGGCUCCGGGGCAGGUGUUGGAGCCACCAUACGCAUCUAUGCUGAGAGCUAUGAGAGAGACCCAGAGAGGCACAACAGGGAGACACAGGUUGUCCUGGGGCCUCUGAUUGCCAUCGCUCUAAAGAUCUCAAGCAUCCACGAGCGGACAGGACGCAGAGGCCCCACCGUGAUCACCUGAGUGGAACAUCGAGACACACGACAGGGGCCAAACCAUGAGACGGCCUUCUUCUAGGAUCCGCUCUCCAUGUCUUCCUCACGGUCUUUCACAGCCUCGCAAUCACUUUUCCCCUCCAGAUGUCGUGACUGCCUCUCACUAGUCUGCACAAUGUCUCAUUAUUUACACAGUGUAUGUUUUUUUGCUGCUGUUUCACAGACAAACUCUCUCUCUCUCUCUCUCUCUCUCUCUCUCUCCCUAUCACUGUCUCAAAUGCAAAGAGAAAGAGUAGCUAUUCCUUUUUAUGAUAGCCCCUUUACACAUGUGAAUCAUUACAAUGUCUCCUUCACACUGCAUUUCUGACACACUUUUAUUCUUCCUGUAUAAACCAGUGCAAUGUUUUUGUUGUUCCAGAGUUCGAUUGAGAAAGCCGGCCAUUUUUAUGGUCAGUCUUGUUACAUUUUAACGUGUAGCACUGUUCCAUUCAGACAUUUACUGCUGUUGUUGUUGCUCAAAAAAAAAGAAAAAGAA